UCCUUGACACAAUGGACGGAAAGAAGAGGUUGAAAUCUGGAUUCAAUUGUUAUUUUUCAUUCAUAUUAAAUACUGUGUAAUUACAAUGGAAUAGUGUUUUUUGUUCUUUUGUUACCCUGUGUAAGUCUUGCUUUGAUUGUAAGUGUUGUUUUCGUUGCUCAAGAUCUUUUUGUUUCAAUGCUAUGGAGAAUUUUUGCUAUUAAAGAAACAUCUUUUGCAACUCCAUAAGAUGAAUUAACAAAGUUCCACUUAUACAGACUCCGGCUUUCAAGAAGCACAAAUAAUAUUGGUGAGCAAGAAUACAUAAUGACAAAUUGUCGCUUGUCAGAUCGAAGGAUGACCUUUGUACUUACCGACUGACGCGUGUCCCAUGGGAUACCUGCCCGGAUUUGAUUUGGUUCCUGUCAUGGAUCACAAAGGAGAGGACAGGUUUGCUUUCGACUCAUAGCAACAGUUAUUUUCUUUGAUUCAAUAAUAACAAAGAGAACAGCCAGUCACCAGGGAAGUAAACAGUUUGUUUAUUUCACUUCUGAAUGAAGGGUGUACGGUACAAAAGGUUGAUGAAAGGAAAACUAACAAACCCAAGAGUGCAUCUGGUGUUGUCUCAUGACGUCACAGCUCCGUUUUGUGCUGUUUGAACAGUACUGAUGAGUUGUUUAGAAGAAGCAUCGACGUUUGAAGUUGUUCUGGUCGUGCAAGAAUAGUAGUGGGUUCUUGUUACGAAGAAAGUUCUACAUAAGGCUGAACAUCAUGGAUGGAAACUCGUCUCUGAAUACAAGCGACACUAAAGCGGAAAUCUUCACAUCAGCUGAAGAUAUAGUCUUAAAAACCUUGUACGUUUUGGUCUCGUUGAUUGACAUUGCUGGCAAUUCAGUUGUAUUCUAUAUAAUCUACAAGAACAAGCGCAUUCAAAACACGGUGAACCUACUGCUGCUCAACCUUUCAUUCUCCGAUAUUAUUGCUGGCAUUGGAGUUUAUCCCUACCUCUUCAUAAAUGUAUCUGACAGCAAAGACUCAAAAUCGGCCAACCUGUUGUGUGGGCUCAAGGAUGGCCUGCCACUUUUCUUUGCAGCAACGUUGGUCAAUUUUCUUACCCUUGGUAUACUUUCUUACAGUCGUUAUAUCUUGAUCAACCACCCAACAAAGCAUAAAUGGAGAAUAAACAAACACAAUAUAAAGUGGAUCGCCAUCGGCACGUGGAUUACCGGUAUAUCAGUGCUAAUACCAAACUUCUUUUCUUACGAAUACAUCCAAGAAGUUGGCAUUUGCAAAGGCUAUUGGCCAAAGGGCGUCAGCAAAACAGCAUUCUUCGCAGUUACUGUCCUUAUUCCGGUGGUACCAUUGGUUUCGUUGAUGUUCACGUACGUGUCCACGAUAUACACGCUAUGGUUCAAGGCUUCAACGCGUCGUCUUACACGAAGUAACUCAGUCUCUGGCGUGCAAGCCAGUCGUAAGAAGGUGACAGCUCUCCUUGGAGUUUUAAUUCUUGCGUUCUUAAUUUGCUGGGUACCUUUUUCUGGGCUGUGGAUAUUAUCAGCUGCCACGCAAUAUUUUCCAAACACUACAGAAGGGGAUAUCCUAAAGCAAAAGGCGGUAAGAUACAUGAUUUUGAUUGCCUUUGUGAACACAUGCUUGGAUCCAGUGAUUUAUGCCUUUGGCAAUCGCCAGAUCAAAGAAGGGGCACGCAAAACACUGAAGACAAGGCGCACGACUAACGUUGAGCCAUCUGCGACUUCAUUUGAGUAGACGGUUUGAGUGAAAACUGAGAAUGUAGCCUCAGAACUAUAAAGUAAUCGAUAAUAACAUUUUAAACGAAUAUGGAAACGGAUCUAACAGCAAUUUAGUUGAAAUCAAGUCCUAUUAGCAUAGGGCUGCAAAGCAAACUUUAUAGCGUGUGGUCAUCAAGAAAGUGUGAUCAAAAAUUUGUUAGUAUUCUUAAAACCAAGUGCAGCAUACGUGGAUUUGAAUACUUCUUGGGAAUAUCAUUCUUAAGAGGGUGGGGGAGCUAGCCGGUUGCCCGUUUCCGUCUAUUUUAAUUUCUAGUUACAAUUUAAGUAAAAAAGUAUAAAAUUCACCCAUAGAGGUGUAUGAAAUAGAGCCUCUCAGUUAACGUCUUUUAACGUUUUGGAAACCGUCUGAAAGCAUAGUAGUUUGGCUUGGUGUGCUCAAAACGAGGACAAGAAAACAAUGAGGAUAGUUGAGCGCAUAAAAAGCAGAUUUUCAUUAAAAUCAUAGUUGAAAAUGGCUUUGAAAAAGCAAACAUUCGAGUAAACCAAAGCUAAAAUCAUAGUUCUACGAAACAUUAUUUUAAUGCGAAUUGGGAUUCGAAUGCAAUUUAGAGCCAUGGGUGUAAGAGUCUUUGAAGACUGCGGCUGGUAGCUAUAGAGCUGGGACCGAUAUGGUGAGCUCUAACUCGAAAAGCAAUCUAUCAACCCUUCUUUUAUUUCCAAUGCUUCUACGCCGAUGUUUGUGAUAUGCAGAUGAGACCAAUGUAAAUGAUACCCUUUUUGAUCAGUAAGCAAUAUUUUGAAAAAUUACUAUGCAACAUCAUUUUAAUGCGAACUGGGAUUCGAAUGCAAUUUAGAGCCAUGGGUGUAAGAGUCUUUGAAGACUGCGGCUGGUAGCUAUAGAGCUGGGACCGGUGGUCAGCUCUAACUCGACAAUUUUGGGUGAAAAAUUGUACAAAACUUUACAAAACCUGUGAAAAGCAAUCUAUCAACCCUUCUUUUAUUUCCAAUGCUUCUACACCGAUGUUUGUGAUAUGCAGAGGAGAUCCAUGUAAAUGAUACCCUUUUUUGAUCAGUAAGCAAUAUUUUGAAAAAUUUCUAUGCAACUGAAUCCUUUACUCUGAUACAGAACAGAUCUGAAAAGAGAAUGUCUACCCUUGAAAAGGAGAGCAGUUCUAAGAACAUGAACACCAAAUCAUUAUCAGGUCAGUAAGGGGCAACUAUCCACCCCGGUUUCCUUUGAAUCCACCACUGUGAGCAAUAAUACUGCCUUCCAGGAAGAAAUGAUCUCACAUGUAAGAUAUACGCUGGCAAACAAAGUCAACCUCGUUUACAAACCUCAGUCAACCUAUCAAUGAUAUAGAUAGACUAUGCAACCUUGGACUUGCCUUUUCAAAUAACUAAAUGGAUACAGAGAGACUUGUAGCAAGUCCAAUGCAACCUAUGUUCUUACAUGACCUCUUCUGGCGUGCAGUCCAGUUACCGUGCAGGGAGGGCAGUGGCUCAUGAAUGAACUCAACAUGACCUUCAUCAGUUGAAGAAAGUUGCACCCAUGAAUUAAUCCCUCCAUUCAUCGAAAGGAUUACAAGUUGAGGAAGCAUGUUACAGCAAGUCUCAAAUUUAUCUAAAUUUAUGUCAGGUUUUUAUUUCCAUAGGAUCAGCAUUUGUUUUCGCAAGAUUAAAUAAGAAAACACGGAUCUAGGUUAGAAUUUAUCGACACAACGAAAGUUGUGAAGUUCAUGUGUUUUUCAGUCAAUUUUGCUGUGAUUCUUUGAAAACAUUUUGGUAGUUAGUGAUAUCGAAUCCGUAGAGUUAUUCAGUAAUGGUGUAAUAAAUUAUAGUUAUAAAGAGAAGUGCCAAAAGAGCGUUUCCAUCAUUUUCCAGACACCUGCAGGGUGUGGCACCAAAAUCCAUUCAUUACCUUGCACCCUCGAAUCCUUGCAUCUAAAAUCCGUCCUUGGUUGUCACUGGUUUUGAAAUAAAGCACACUGCCGAUUAUCCUAUGAAUUUCAACAUCCCUCCCAGUUACCCUACGCCCUAACCUAGAGAGGAAGUGUUUGGAGGAAGGGAGUUAUUUACAAAAAAUUGACCAUAUAGACCUUGUUAGAUACCUAUUUUCCGUCAAAUUUUAGCCUGACCUUAUGACAAACAGUGAAGUAAAUAAAUGAAAAAUGGGAAAGGGAAAUAAUGCAACUAUAUAAAGAAUACUUUUUAUUCAUAUCAAACAAGUAAAUCUGUUUGAAUUUCAUCAGUAUCAUUUUAAUUCAUUUAGGUAGUAACUAUAACGGUAUUUUUGCGAUGUUUUGUGGUUUAGAAGUAAGUGGGCUUAAAUUUGUAUGUAGCUAAACAUUGUUACUGUAAAUGACAUAAUUAUAAACUACGUCAUUAUAUAUGUAUGGCAGGUGUC